AUGGGUUGGGUUGCGAUGGGUUGGGUUGGGAUGGGAUGGGUUGGGUUGGGUUGGGUUGGGUUGGGUUGGGUUGGGUUGGGUUGGGUUGGAUUGGGUUGGGUUGGGUUGCAUUGGAUUGGGUUCGGUUGGGUUGGGUUGGGCGGGGAUGGGAUGGGUUGGGUUGAGUUGGGUUGGGUUGGAAUGGGUUGGGUUGGGUUGGGUGAGAUCACCCUUGGUAAUACGACUCCACCCAUGCCAAGUGUCAAUGCCACUAAGACAUGGACAGACGAAGCUUCAAUUAUUUCACAGUUCGCAUCGAGUACUACAGUAUGGCUUAUUGGAUUUCUACGUCCACCAAUGACAGCCACAUUUAUUUUCCGAUUAGAAACAUCUGCUUAUGCUAUUCUAUAUUUAAGCACUGACGAAAAUCCAGACAACAUUGUUCCAAUCCUCAAUACUAGUUCAAGUUUGGAAUCAGCAGAACAAAUACUUUAUAACGAUACCAAGUCACGAAUCGUCUAUGCAAUUGAUUCAGUAAUUAAUGGAAUAGCUGAAGUUCAACAAAUAUCAGUGAUUAAUGCACCAUUUCAAAUCGGGUUCGAAGGAGUAUAUACAGCGAUUCUCGAAGGUGCAACAGAUGCGAUCAUCAUUCAAGAUGCUUUAAACGACCUGGCAACAAUCUAUCCUUUGAUGGUUACUGUAGCUUUCGUAGGUACCGCAUACGAAGUCACUUUUCCAAUCGAAAUGGGUGAUGUUUCACUGCUCACGAUUAUUUCAAUUGCUUUCAUCAAUCCACAAUAUGUAAUAGAAAGCGUACAAGGUGUAGCAUCUGGCACAAAAUUAGCAUUUCGAUUAGAUGGAGCCACAUCGAACUAUUUCGAUUUUCGAACUGGUGUUGUAACAAAUGCGAUGCUAACAAAUUCGUUUAAUCAAUUGUUUACCAUUCGAUGUCCGCCAUCGCUCUACGAUCAACAGACAAUAUCAUCUAUUGUCUAUUCCAAUGAAUUUGAAACAGCAAAUCCCUAUGAUGAUUCAAUUAUCAUAACAAAUAUGGCGUUCUGUGGCCGUGAUGCACUCACGAGUGGCUAUCUAGUUAUAGGAAAUAUGCGGCCUGCUGAUUAUAUGUGUUUUGCAUACAAAAUUCCACCAAGUGGUGGCACUGUUAUUAUGCGUUUCUAUGUUCAAAGCGAUGGAGACUCAUCGACCAAUACUUAUGAAAAUAUAACGAUGCAACUAAAUCAAGAUGGGCAUUGGCAUUAUACAUGUAUUGAUCUACUCAAUACACUUCAGCAGCAUUCAGUGACAUACUUGACCAUUGAUACAUUUCUCAUCAUGAACGUUUAUCUAAAUUCUUAUCCAUUCGGUAGUAUGUUUGAUACAGUUACAUUGCGCACCUCAGUACCUAAUGGAUAUGAAGAUCAAGAUACUGUUACUACGACUGAUCAAUCAUCAUCAGGUCAAUGUACAUUUCCGUUUGUUUAUAACGGUCAAACAUACUUCACAUGUACACUUGAUGAGAACAACAUGCCUAUUUGUGGUUCGAUUUCAAAUACAACAUUCUAUUGUCAAAAUUCAUCUAUUGAAGGCGUCCGACGCCUCUAUCCAAAAUAUCAAUUACUUUACAAUUCACUUAAUGUAACACAUUCAAGUGUAAACAAGAUGAUUAAUAUUUCAUUCCGUUAUACUUCAUGUGCAUCACCAACAUUGAUCGAACCAUUGCCACCUACAAUUGCCAACGUGACUUCGAUCACAAAUGCAUCGAAAGCUAUCGGCGGAGUCUAUGAUAUUAUGUUCAAACAACAUCUAUAUACGUCGAUUCCAGCGAAAAUUACCGGACAGGAUCUGACCAAUCUUCUUCAAUCAUUUCCUGAUUUCGGCUACGUAAUUGCCGAUAGCACUGGUGAAUGUGCACAAUAUUCGUAUACUAUUCGAUGGCUAACAAAUACAAAGCAACCUCUAAUAGCAAUUGUCAAUUCAAGUGAAGUGAUACCGAUGAACACAUCGAUAACAGUUAGAAUGGACCAAAGUGGUGGAGGCAACAGUUUAUUUUAUAAUCUUCCAGCUGAUAUGCUACGAACGUGGCAUACGAUUCCUCAGGUCGAAGUUCUUGUUGGUGGUUAUUCAUCGUACUGCUCAAAUACCGAUAAUAAUUGUCCAUUUCAAUGGUUAAUCCAACAAACACCAUUGAUAUUUGCCAUAAAUCAGAAUGGAACUAUUGUGACCAUUGAUGGUAUUGGAUUUGGUUCCACAAUUGAAUCGAAUAUAGUUUCGAUUGGUGAGAGUGGCUCAUGCAAUGUAACAAAAGUUAAUACAACAUCGAUUAUCUGUACAAUUGUUAAUGCACCAUCUGGUCCACAGAGUGUACAAGUCAAUGUUGUUAACAAAGGUUUUGCACUGAGUAAUGAGAGUGCCACAGUUAUAGUCCAACUUUCGAUCCUUUCAUUUCAGCCGACUAGAGGAGGAGCUGGCGGAGGUUAUCGAUUGACUGUUAUCGGAACAGGCUUUUCAUCAAAUGCCUCGAUAACUAUCGAUGGAAAUCCAUGUACGAAUUCUUCCGUAGCCAAUUUUUCUUCGAUAACAUGCAUUGUACCGCCUACUACAAACAUAAAUAAUGGUCAAGCACUUGUGACUGUUAUUGAUGGAACUCUUUCGGUUAAUGCAUCUUCAUACUUUUUGUAUAAUACGUCUGUGACGCCCACCAUAUUGUCAAUAAGUCCAACUAUUUUUACUUUGAAUGGUGGAACAUUAAACAUAACUGGCGUAGGUUUCGGUAAUAGCUCAGUUUUCGUAUUCAUCGGUUCGACAAAUGUUUCUAUUAUGUCAUUAUCUUCAAAUCAGAUCCUGGUAAGGCUAAGCGCAUUGCCACCUGGUCUCUAUCCCGUUACGGUGAACACGUCGACUGGUUUUGCUCGACCUCUUUUCUAUGUAGAAUAUCGAUUUUAUGUGCAACAAAUCUCUCCUCAAGUUGGUUCUUUGUACGGCGGUACCAAUGUUUCUGUUCAAGGUGAAGGUUUUGACAACUCGACAGUCAUUCAAUUUCGCGAUCAAAACAAUAUUCUCUUUCCAUGCAAUAUCAUGUCGAUAGAAUCAACUCAAAUUAAUUGUCGAACAACGUCUGCUGUUGCCCAAGUAAUGAUCGCAGCAAACGGUAUUGAUCCAAUAAAAGGUCCUGGUUUUGCUUGGUUACCUAGUCGUCAAACAGUACAACAGGGUACUGUUGUUACUUGGCAAUGGAUUUCACCAAUAGUCACGUCACCACUUACUUACAAGAUUUUACAGGUGGCAAAUCCAUACAGUAAUCAACUUGUAACAGGUGGAUUUGAUUCUGGUGCAGCAACAGCAUCUGGUUCAUUUUCAUACCAAUUUGCUACAAUUGGUACCUACUAUUACUUGUCACCAAAUAUCGAUCGUCCCAAUGGGACCUCCAUACGAGGUAUCAUCGAUGUGGUAGCAUCAACACCUAAAAUACUAACUGUGAAAGCUAUGUGGGGCAGCUUUGCUGCUCAAACGUGUGCCUUUCCAUUCACAUUUCGUUCUGUUCGCUACAAUGCAUGCAUAUUAAUUAAUGAUACUCAAGCCUGGUGUUCUCCAACAUCAGCAUAUACUGGUCAACGACUCUAUUGUACAUCAAGAAGCGUCGGAAACACUCGUACAUUGUCGAGUGUCAUAUCAACAGUAUUUCUAUCGGGUGUAUCACCUACAAUAAUUGGUAUCUAUGGUGGCAUAUUAUUAAGUAUUAUAGGCACUGGCUUCUCAAGCGAUAUCGAACAAAUUCAAGUUACUAUUGGCUCGAAUCCGUGUCCUAAUGUUCGGGCGACAACGAAUGAAAUUCAAUGCAUUAUUCCUGCUCAAGGCAAUAGCUCAAAUCCCGCAACUAUUUACGUCGUUUCCAAUGGGAUCACAGUUACGCUCCCGUCUGCAAUCUAUUAUAAUGCUACAAUUACACCGAACGUGACUUCUGUUGAGCCCACGUCCGGCAGUACCUGGCAGAUAUUGAACAUUACAGGCGAAAAUUUUGUUAAUGGGCAAACUAGUGUUCGAGUCGGAAAUAUCCUAUGUGUUAUUACAAGUCUAUCGACAACAUCAAUUACGUGCACACUUACUUUAAGCACAGCAACAGGUUAUUAUCCUGUCAUUGUACAUGUGAACACAAGCGGGGAUUCAAAUUCCGAUGUACUCUUUUUUAAUGAACUUUCACUUACUAAUAUAACGCCGGCACAAGGUAGCUACGGCGGUGGUCUUCAAGUCAAAGUCGUCGGCGACGGAUUUAAUGGAACGAAUAUAAACGUCAUCAUAUGUAAUCAAACUUGUUCAUCAGUCGUAGUUCUUUCCAAUACUGAACUCACCUGUAUCACACCUUCUCUUGUACCUGUCGGAACAAAUACUUCGUGCAAUUUAACGGUUAUCAUCGAUAGUAUAAGUAGCAGUAUACCAUUUCUUUACACCUCCGAUUUGACUGCAACGUUAGUAUCUGUGAGUCCAACAAGGGCGGGAACAGGAGGUGGAACAAUACUCACUGUCAAUGGAGAUAAUUUUCCGAAUUCGACAGAUGCAUUAGUAGUAACUAUUGCAGGCAUGAUAUGUUCAGUGAAAACUAGCAAUAGAACUUGUAUAACAUGUGAGACAGGCAGUUAUGGACAAUCAAGCACCGUGGCCCAGGUGAUGGUACUUAUCAUUGGUAGUGGCUAUGCAGUAGGCUCAGUACAGUUUCAAUACAUUGACCUAUGGUCGAGUCGAUGGACAUGGGGUGGUGAUGAGCCGCCUGAAGCUGGUACUCUUGUCUCAAUUGAUAGUGGAGUAACAAUCUAUUUGGAUACAACAACACCCAUUCUUAAGGUACUCCUUAUCGACAAUGCCACCUUGAUCUUUGACGAUUCACAAGAUGUUGCCUUAAAUACAGAAUACAUUGUAAUCACCAACGGUGGUCGCCUUCAAAUCGGCAAUGAAUCGAAUCCAUUUCAGCAUCAAGCUAUCAUCACUAUGUAUGGACACUUGCGAUCGAUCGAAUUACCAAUUUUUGGAGCCAAAGUAUUGGCUCUGCGUGAUGGCACCGUUGACAUGCAUGGAAAAACGACUGUCCGAACUUGGACGAAACUAGGAAUCACAGCUAAUAAUGGUUCAUCGACAAUUACUCUUCUUCAACAAGUCGACUGGCCUAUCGGCAGUCAAAUUAUCAUUGCCACCACGGGUGAUUUCCUCAGUCAACAAGAGAGUGAAAUUCGUCGCAUAAUGAACAUAUCAUCCGACGGGCUGACAUUAACAUUGGAUGAACCAUUGACAUACACUCAUUUAGGCAUUACACUAAAUUUAAAUGCGACAUCGAUUGAUAUUCGUGGUGAAGUUGGUUUACUCUCGCACAAUAUCAUCUUCCAAGGUUCCAUUACUGACACAUGGACUGAAACGAUACCGGCAUGUCCCGACGGGUUCAAUCCAGAUGAAUUCGCCGUUCAAACAUGCUAUUUUGGUCGAUAUGGUGAAGAGAUUGGCUCUGAUCAGUUCGGUGCAACAAUAAUGGUUAGUCAAGACAUGACUACUGCUAAUGGUACUCAACAAGCUAUUCUACGCUUAUCGAACGUUGAAAUAACCUAUGUCGGACAAGCUUUUCGUCUCAGUCGAUAUCCGAUCAAUUUUCAGAUAAAUGGAAAUAUGAGUAUGUCCUAUAUUAAAUCGUCAUCUGUUCAUUUAUCUUUCAAUCGAGCAAUCAACAUUGAGGCUAGCAAUUACAUCACCGUUGAGAAUAAUGUUCUCUACAAUAUUAUGGGUGAAGCCAUGUCACUAGAAGAUGGCGUAGAAAUAGGUAAUGCAUUCAAAAAUAACUUGGUCGUGUUUGUUCGAUCAAGUUCUAGUCUUCUAAAUGAAGAAAUCACACCAGCUGCUUUUUGGUUGACUAAUCCCAAUAAUACUGUUGAAAAUAAUGCAGUAGCUGGCAGUACACAUUACGGAUAUUGGUAUCGAUUACUUAAUACAGCCAGUGGUGCAUCAUUUGCUCUAUAUCCAAAUUAUUCUCCUUAUAUACAACCGUUUGGCCGCUUUUAUAAUAACAGUGUACACAGCUCCGGACGAUUUGGAGUGUGGAUCUAUCCACAAUAUUCACCGACAAUCAAUGGUAAUCCUUCACCACCUCAAGCUGUUUUCGACGGAAUCGUCUCAUGGAAAAAUAGCAAAGGAUUCGAGUGGGUCAAGUCCAAUGCGAUUCAAAUUAGAAAUGCUCUCGCUUUCGAUAAUAAUUAUGCUGGUAUUUCCUGUAUUACAGCUUUUGAUUAUCAAAAUCGGUGGAUAUCAAGCAUUCUUGGUAAUGGUUCGUCUGUGGUCGAUAGUGUUAUUAUUGGCGACACGGGAGUCUCAUCGAAUCCUAUCAUACCAUCGAUUGCGGGUCUUGUUGGUAGGCAAAUGUUGUGA